UUCCCCACCAAUGACACCCAAGUACCCAACCUAACAUUCUUUUCCUUCCCCAUCUCUCGCCAUCCCCCCAUUAAUAAAACUUAACCCAUUUUCAAAACCUCUCUCUUUUCUUCUUCAUGUUGUCACUCUUUCAGCUACACCCCCACCUCCAGCUCCAGCUCUUCACCUCCAAUGAAAUCAACGUACUUAGAACCUCAUAUGCGGCGCCGCAAGACCCAUCCCUUGAUUUGGUUUGCAGCCAUCAUCUGCACCAUCAUCGCCAUUGCUGUCAUCGUUGUAGGCAUUGUCGUCUUCAUUGGCUACCUAGUUCUCCACCCUCGAGUCCCCGUUAUGAGCGUCAUGGACGCUCAUCUCGACCUCUUUCAGUAUGACCUCGCCGGCCUUCUCGAAACGCAAAUAACCAUCAUCCUCAACAUGAAGAAUGGUAACCAAAGGGCUCACGCUAGUUUCUCCGAUACCAGCCUCAUUCUCUCAUUUGAUGGACUCGAAAUUGCCAAACUCGUCGCUCUCCCUUUCGAUGUAAGUAAAAACAUUUCUCUUAAUUUUCAUUACGUCGUUCAGUCAAAUCCAAUACCAUUAGAUCCAAACCUGCAAGAGCUCGUGGACGUUUCUUUGAAGAAGGAUGAUGUUAAGUUUGGUUUGAAGGGAAGUUCAAGAGCUAGAUGGAGAGUAGGGCCUCUUGGCUCUGUAAAAUUCUGGUGUCAUUUGGAUUGUCAACUUCGGUUUCAUAUUUUGAAUGGCUCUUACGUGCCUUCUUCAUGAUGCAGCUCCAAGGCAAAAUAA